AUGCCUACCAAAACCCCAACCCAAUCCGAUUUCCCCUCCAGCCUCACCGUCACCAUCACCCUCCCACCAAACCCCACCUCCAGCCCCUCCCCAAACAUCCUCCUCCUACUCCACGGUUUAGGCGACUCAGCCGCAGGCUUCACACCCUUCGGCCGAGCCCUCCACCUCCCCGAAACAACAGUCCUCACCGUCCAAGCCCCCGCCCCCGUUCCAUUCGAUCUAGGCGGAUUCCACUGGGGCGACGAUGUCGCCUUUGACAGCUCCACCGGCGGCCUAGACAUGGACGCCGGGCUAACGCGAAGUCCAGCGAUCCUCAUCAAGGAUCUCGUGCGAGGCGUCCUAGUCCAAAAAUGCGGCUACCGGCCGCGCGAGAUCCUGGUGUUCGGAUUCGGACAGGGCGGCAUGGCUGGAUUGAGUCUUGCGCGGGAGCUUGAGAGGGGUGGAGGUGAGGGUGUGGAAGCUGAGCCAUUGGCAGGUGUGAUUUCGAUUGGGGCGCCGUAUCCGCUUUCGGGGCCGCGGGCUGGAUCCAAGAGCCGCACGCCUGUGCUACUGGUUUCUGGACGUGACUCGGUCGUUGUCUCGGAUGAGGCGGUGCGUAGGACUAAGCAGGUUUUUGAGUUUGUGGAGGUUAGUCGGUAUGCGAGGAGGGGGGAUGGGAUGCCGUCUAAUCGGGAUGAGAUGCUGCCUGUUAUGCAGUUCUUUGCCAGGCGGUUGAGGAGUAGACAGGGUGUUCCUGAGGGGAGUGUUGAGCUUGGCUGA